UUUGAUGUAGCACCAAAUUUAUCAAUUAGCAUCUAGUUACACAAGUGCUUGUUCAAUGGGAGCACCAUUCCCCUACAAAUGCAACCUUUUAAUCGCUUCGCACAUAUGGCAUGAUGUUCCGGAUUAUCCCCUUAAGGACAAGGUGAUUUUUGAUGGGAGUGCACAUGUUGCAUAUCAACAUGAUCCCGAUCAAGUGACGCAUCCCGGCGAAGCGGACAAGUGCCCAAGAAACAUACUGAAAUAUUGUGGAAAGGAUGCAAGGAUGAAUUGGUUGAGUUUGUUAUGGGUCAUUAUAGACUAUAUAUGUAAGGAAAUGAAGGAGAUGAUCAAUAGAGAAUACUUUCCCUUCCUUCUCUCUUCUCUUCUCUUCUCUCCUCUCUGUGUUUCUUCAGCUUCAUCCUUAUCCUUAAUUGCAACAAUGGUUUUGAAAAUUGGAGAUGUUAGAAGCAUGUACAGGAAGUUCAAGCCACAUCUUCUUAUGGUUCUAAUUCAAUUAGGCUACACAUUUCUCAACUUCAUCACAGAAGCUUCGUUUAAUGAAGGACUGAAUCCUCAUGUUUACAUAACAUAUCGGCAUGCUGUUUCCGGUUUCAUCAUGCUUCCUUUCGCCUAUUUUCUCGAAAGAAGAAUAAGGCCAAGGUUGACAUGGGCAUUGUUUGUGGAAUUAUUCAUUCUUUCACUUCUUGGAGUCGGCUUAACUCUAAACGCAUACUUUGCGAGUUUGAGAUAUACAUCUCCAACUGUUGUUGCUUCCAUGGUGAAUACCAUUUCCUCCUUGACAUUUAUCAUUGCCAUUUCACUUGGAAUGGAAAAAUUAGAUUUAAAGAAUCCUCGAGGGAUGGCGAAGGUAAUCGGAACAUUGGCAUCUCUAGCAGGAGUUACACUUAUGACAUUGUAUAAAGGGAAGUCUUUUAGGAGCAUAUGGAGUGCACCAAUUCAUAUGGGAAGCAGUUCAAUCCAUGAAAAUUGGCUGAAAGGGUCCAUUCUCGGUGUUGCAAGCUGCAUAACAUGGUCUAUGUGGUAUGUUAUGCAGGCAUUCACACUGAAGAGGUAUCAGGCUCGACUUUCACUGACCACAUGGAUGAGCUUAAUUGGAGGAGCACAGUCAGCAGUUUUCACAGUAUGUGUAGAGCAUAAACCAGCGGCAUGGAUUAUCGAGUUUGACAUAAAGCUGUGGAGCAUCUUAUAUGGGGGAAUAGUUUGCUCUGGUUUGAUAAUUUUCAUUCAGCUGUGGUGCACCAAAGAAAAAGGUCCGGUAUUUGUCACAAUGUUUAAUCCUCUGUUGACGAUAAUGGUGGCAAUCCUUGCAUAUUUUGUUUUAGGAGAAGGAUUGUACAUGGGAAGCAUAUUGGGAGGUAUCAUCAUCAUCAUCAUCGGUCUUUACUUGGUCUUGUGGGGCAAGGAAAAUGAUGAAGACAUCCCGAUGAGAUCAUGAGAGGCUUCUGGCUCGGCUUGUGAGAAUGACAUGGCAGGAUAUUGUGAUGAAAAAAGUGAGACUAUGAGAUAGCAUUUCAACAAGUUUAACUAUCAGAUACUUUCAAGCUCCAUCACAUUGCUGCAAAGUGAAGCUCCAUUGUAUUUAAAUCUCCUCAUCAUCAAUAACACAUUCCUAGAUAUGAAAAUA